AGCAAAAUGGUCAACUUCGAGGAAGCCGCCGAACUCGCCAAGAACUUCUCCAAGAAGCCCACCGACUCCGAGUUCCUGGAGUUCUACGGUCUCUUCAAGCAGGCCACCGUUGGCGAUGUGAACAUCGAGAAGCCCGGCAUUCUGGAUCUCAAGAAGAAGGCCAUGUACGAGGCCUGGAACUCCAACAAGGGUCUCUCCAAGGAUGCCGCCAAGGAGGCCUACGUGAAGGUGUACGAGAAGUACGCCCCCAAGUACGCCUAAGGCCCGACCUCAGGACUAU